AUGUCAUCGGACAGCAUUGACAAGUAUGAGGUCCUGGAGAAGAUCGGUCAUGGCUCCUUUGGAAUCAUUCGGAAGGUCCGCAGAAAGGACGACAGCAUGGUCCUCUGUCGCAAGGAGAUCAGCUACCUGAAAAUGUCUCAGAAGGAGAGGGAACAGCUCCACGCCGAAUUCACCAUCCUCUCUUCUCUUCGCCAUCCGAACAUCGUUGGAUACUAUAGCCGGGAGCAUCUGAAGACGACACAAGACCUCCACAUCUACAUGGAGUACUGCGGUAAUGGCGAUCUCGGACGCGUAAUUCGAGACCUCCAGGCCAAGAACCAAUACGCAGAAGAGGCAUUCGUCUGGAGCAUCUUCUCGCAGCUUGUCACUGCCCUUUACCGAUGUCACUACGGGGUCGACCCUCCAGAGGUUGGGAAAGAUGUCAUGGGACUGGGACCUUCUGCAAAGCCCAAGACUCCACCAGGUGGCAUGACUAUCUUGCACCGAGACCUGAAACCAGAAAACAUCUUCCUCGGCGAAGACAAUUCUGUCAAGCUCGGCGACUUCGGACUGUCCAAGGUGUUGACAUCGCAACAAUUCGCAUCGACCUACGUUGGCACCCCGUUCUACAUGUCUCCAGAGAUAUGUGCUGCUGAGAACUACACGCUCAAAUCAGACGUCUGGUCACUGGGCUGCAUCAUCUACGAGCUUUGCACGAAGGAGCCUCCAUUCAACGCCAAAUCACACUACCAGUUGGUCCAGAAGAUCAAGGAGGGCAAGGUCGCGCCGCUGCCUGGUGUGUACUCGGCGGAGCUUAGUGCUGUGAUUAGAGACUGCUUAAAGGUCAACCCAGACCGAAGACCAGAUACGGCAGCACUGCUCAACCUGCCAGUUGUACGGCUGAUGCGGAAAGAGCGAGAGGUCGUUGAGAUGAGCCGCGCACUCCACAAGAGGGAGACAGCUCUCUCUAAGAAAGAGGAAUCGGUCAACCGACGGGCGCGUGACAUUGAAAAGAGACUGCUCCGAAUGGACUCUGAAAAGAUGACAAUGAGGCAGGAGAUCGACUCAUCUCUGCGGCGGGAAUGGGAGGCGAGAGCCCGCUUAGAAAUUGACCGUCUAGUCAAUCUCGAGAUCGAGCAGCUUCAGAGCAAGUACGAGGAAGAGGUGCAGGCACGUGUUCAGGCCGAGUUGCAACAGCACAAGAAGAUGGUCACAUUCACAAGUGAGCAACAACGAGUGGAGUUCAGCUCGUCAGCAACAAAGUCGGAAUUCCCUUACUCGUCUAUCGGCGCAAGCAGCAACGGGAGUGGCUUGACAGCAGACACAACAGACCUGUCAGAGAUGGGCCCCGAUACGCCAAAGGACGAAUUGAAGAAGGCGGCAAGAACCCCCUUCGUUCGUGCUGCGACAAUGUAUGCUGGCAACCUCGGAACACCCAUGGACGUGGACAACCUCUCGCCGUCACCUUGCGCAAUCGCUUCUCUGUCCCUAUCACCCCGGCGCAAGAACUCUGGAAAGGGCCCCUUCAUUCACCAGCCUAACAUUUUUGCGAGUGAAGAGUGGCGCAAAGUCCCCGAGAUCCCUGACAACUUCGAUACCGAGUCCGAGGACGAAUCCGACGACACGCCGGCGUCUCCAUCACCGACCCGCAAAGUCAAGAAGAUUCAAAGCAUAUCGCGGCCGGCAUUCCCUCACAUGAAGACCGAGCCAACAGGAAACGUGCUCAAGAAUAAGCCGUCCCUGCCAGCACCCAUGAAGACCACCACUGGCCUGCCGCACAUGGUCUCCAAUCAGGAACUGCGUUCACCCGUCGGUCUCCGUGAGCGUGAUUCACCCAACCGACAAGUCUCCAAAAUACCCUCUUUUGCGAACCUGUCCGCAGCGAGCGGUAGCGACUCGUCUACUAGAGGUGGACUGUCUCGCAAGCAAUCCGUUGUCGGUCAGCCCGGUAGCAGCGGUGGUCUCGUCAGCAAGAUGGGCAAUGUGCGUGGCCGAACGCUCGUCGAGCUUUCGCAGGCGCGUGCCGGCGGAAGGGCUCUCAACAGCAAUGAGAAUUUGAAGCCCGCUCCAAUCUGGGAUCCGGAGACCGUGGAGGAGAUGCCGAGCCCCUUCCUGAUCCGCAGCAAGCACAUUCCCAAGCCCAUUCCGGGACUGUGA